AUGGCCGGCUCUGGCAGGGUCGCCAAAAGAAGCGAUUGUGUCAGGCAAGGUUCGGGGCACACAGGGCGUAUCUUUGAGGGAUCUCCAGACGAUUUGCAAGACUUCAGCGUAGAAUUUCCAGGACAACUGGGGCCCAACAAGCCUUGCCACACCGUGGCAGACGUAGGGACAGAACCAGUGGAGAUCGUUUUGUUGUCGGAAGAUCGGUCGCAGCAGGCGGCGCAAAUUUUGCAGCAACAGGGACGCAAGUCCAAACCCAUUGCACAGGCUCGGAAGGUGUUAAGCUGUGGCGAGAAGCCAACGGCGGAGCAAAGGGCAAGCCAGGGUCCUUCGGGCCCUUCACUCUCCGAGGUGCGACAGUUCGUACAGCGGCAAGCGAUGCACUAUGUGCCGAUGUUCACCUGGACCCGCAGCUUGACGUUGCAGAGCCUGCGGGCGGAUCUCAUUGCCGGACUCACGGUGGGUGUCAUGGUCAUCCCGCAGAGUAUGUCCUACGCAAAUAUUGCAGGACUGCCGUACAUCUACGGCAUGUACGCGGCGUGUGUCCCGGCCAUGGUCUACGCAGUCUUCGGUCAAUCUCGGCAAUUGGCCGUGGGCCCCGUGGCCAUGGUGUCUUUGUUGAUCAAUGCGGGCCUUGGGGGCGUCAUGGCGGAGAUCUGUCCUGAUUGGGAACCCGGCACAGCUCUUGACAGCGAAUACAACCAGCAGUGUACCAAGCAGUACAUCAACCUGGCCCUCUUCACCUCUGCAGUCAUGGGACUCAUGCAGAUUUUGGCCAUGGUCUUAAGGAUGGGCUUUCUGGUGACUUUCCUGGGACAUCCUGUGACCAGCGGUUUCACGAGUGGUGCUGCCAUUAUCAUUGGCCUCAGUCAGUUGAAGUAUAUGCUGGGGAUUCACUUGAACAAGUCGCAGUACAUCUAUGUGAUGUUUUUGGAUUGCGCGCAUAAGCUCUCGCACACCAACUGGAUGACUCUGUUCUUAGGCGCACUUGCCUUGAUCUUCCUCCUCUCUGCCAAAGUGGCGUCGCGACGCUACAAGAGGCUGUCCCUGUUUGGUCCUUUGGCACCCUUGCUGUGCUGCAUGGCUGGAACUUUGUUGAUCUGGCUUUGUGAACCCUUGCGUGACACUUACCAGGUGAGCUACGUGGGGCAUAUUCCCAACGGUCUCUUCCCCAUCAGCUUUGACGCCUGGAACUUCAACAACUUCGGCAAGGUGCUCCCAACAGCUCUGUCUUGCUGCUUGAUCGGAUACAUGGAGUCCAUUGCCAUUGGUAAAAACCUGGCGGCCAAACAUGGCUACGAACUUGAAGCUGGUCAGGAGUUGCUGGCCUUGGGCCUGUCAAACGUCAUUGGCUCGCUGUUUUCCUCGUACCCCGUGACGGGCAGUUUCUCCCGCUCUGCCGUGAACAACGCCACGGGCGCACAGACGCAGCUGGCAGGAUUGGUGACCUCCCUGGUGAUGCUGUGCACCCUGAAGUGGUUGACGCCCGUCUUCAACUUCCUUCCGAACUUUGUUAUGAACUAA